GGCCGCCGUCCUGUCUUCACACCCGACCACCAGGGGGACCCCCUUCUCGCAGGCCCCGUUCCUCCCCUUCGCCUUCCUUUGCGCGGGCACAGACGCAGCACACCUCCCGCAGGACGCUUAAGCACAGACACCUUGCCCAGGGGCAUAGCGUUAACCACCGGCGAGCUACGAGCCAGCAAGAGACAAAGAAGCAAUAAUGGCACGGGUAGUGAAAGGCAUCAACAUCGACAGUCUUGAUGACGAGUUCAAGUUGAUGGAAAUCCUUGACUCAACGGAGGACUUCGAAGAGCGUAAGGUGGUGCGUUCCAGGCUUCAGGAAGUGAAGGCCGUAAACAAAGCCAAGCGGGAAGCCCUGGUUCGCAACCGUGAGCAGGAGCGUGAGAACGCCAUUCGCCAACGGCAGCAGGAAGCCGCUGAGCAAAAGCAGCGCACACUCGCCAUGUACGACAAGAUGGCCAAGACCGGCAAGCUGGACACCACGCUGUACAGGGAAGGCGUGGAGUCUCAGGAGGACGACGAGUCGGACAAGGUGGACCUCGUGGAGGACGCCAUCAAGCAGCGGCAGCGGGAGGCCGACCUGCGCAAGAAGCGCAUCCUGGCCGCCUACGACGCGGCGGCCAAGUCCGGCCCCGCCGGCGUAGUCAAGACCGUGGACUUCGACUCCUUCAAGAAGGCUGACGUGUCAACGUUCGAAGCCCCCAAGCCCACCGGUAUUGCCACAGGCUCGUCGACGUUCUGCGCAGCUGGCGGAGUGCCAAAGAUCGUCAAAGCGGUGCCGGUGACUCCGCCCGCGGCGGGCGCCCCAGCGUGGCGCCAGAUGUCGCUGACGGGCGACGAGGAGCCCGAGAUGGACGCCGUGCAGCGCGGCAUCCGGCAGAGGCAGCGCGAAGCCGAGGAGCGCAAGCGGCGCAUCCUGGCCGCGUACCAGGUGGCGGCGCGCAGCGGUGCCGGACCCAAGACCGUCUGCCUCGAGGAGUACACCAACCUGCAAGUGCCUGAAGACGUGACAUUCGAGAACCCGUACAGCUGCACGACGGGAUUCAAGGGCGGCAUCGCGUCUGUCAAGACGCCGCAGCAGCAGCGGGCGGGAGCCCGGUAACUGCGUCACUGCCCUCCUCUCCCCUUUCAACCUUCGUCACCCUUUCCCUCGCUUUUGAGUCACCCCGUCAGCGCCCUCACGUGGGCGAUCCGAAUAAGCAAGACGCCCCCGACGAUGGCAACGGCCACAGUUUGGCGAAACGAAAAGAAGGCAACACAGCAGAGCAACGCCGUUUUUUUUUCUUUCUUUGUGCUCCCCAUAGCUCGACGUAAGCGAAGCGUACCGACAACGAAAUGCUCAUAACCCUCCAGACCGGCUAGCGAAGAUCUCAUUACCUCUUGUGCCGAAGAAACAUCAAAGUACUAACUGCUGUGAACGCCCUCAACACUUCUGGACGGACGGUCAAGCGACGUGUGCGAAGUGUGAAUGUUAUGUUUCUGUUGCGCUGGCGUCACGCGCGCUUUGUCACUGGCCGUUAGACGCCAUCGCGCAUGGACUCGGGACAACUCGGCCGGCCCACUCAGUCUUUCGUGACUGUACGCAAACGUUGGAUACCUGUUGCUCCAACGGUUGAGCCACGCGGUGGGGCAACUGAGGCCUUUUAUUACCCGUGAGUCCAAUCGCGAUUGCGUUCAAGGGCUUUUGAGUUUGCCCGCGUGACGCCCCUAUUGUUUUUGUUGCUUGUUGUGAUUUUUAUUGCUAUUGUUGUUUACAAUACUUGUUUCACAAAAACGUACUUCUCUGUCAAGCUGGAGCACGAACUUCGUCAGUAGACAGAAGACGAUACAACAAAUUGUUAAGUGUUGAACCACAAUAUUUACAUUCUUUCUUGUUUUUAAAUUUUAGCUCAAUAAAGCAGAUGUAUAACUUA